AUGUCAUACACCGAGUUCGGCUAUUCAUACUCAGCAGCUCCCCAGAUCCUGUUAUCCUCUAAUACUCUGGGUUCCUGCUAUGAGUCUGGGAGCGAGUCUCCAUUCGAUUCUGCACAAACUUCUCUCUACUGCCCGGUUUACGAGGGCACGUUGGUGACAUCUGCCAGACACGACCUCAACUCUCCGUAUGAGAAUGGAUAUGUGAAAAAUCACGGGACGUACUGUUCAUAUAGAACGGAUUCAGCAUGCCUGUACUCCCUGGGUAAGAUCAGAGAGAAAGCCGAAUCAGGAACAGCAAAUGCACGGAUCACGCAUGGGUCGACUUAUUACUCAUGCAGUCACCCAUUUGGAUAUCAGUAUGACUCAUAUGGGUAUGGGUCUGUGGAUGUUAACACGAGAAGAAAGAACGCAACCAGAGAGACCACCAGCACCCUGAAAGCAUGGCUUCAGGAGCACAAAAAGAACCCGUACCCCACUAAAGGAGAAAAGAUCAUGUUGGCUAUAAUCACCAAAAUGACUUUGACACAGGUGUCCACAUGGUUCGCUAAUGCACGCCGUAGACUCAAGAAAGAGAAUAAAAUGACAUGGUCACCACGCAACAAGACCUCAGAGGAGAGAGGCUGUGAAGAGGAAGCGGAGAAUAUCGAAAGGGAUCUGAUUAAAUCUGAGAAGGAAUUUGAUGACAACCCAAGGGUGGACGAUACAGAUCGAGUACAAAGCGAUUUGGAAGACUUCGACCUCACUGAGUCAGAUGCCUCUGAAUGUGAACCGAAGCCUUUGUUACCGAUGAGCGCGAUAUCACAGGACUGUCCAGAUUAUCGACUUAGAGAACCUCUGCUACAAGCGUCUAAUCCAGAUACAAGGUACGAUGCUUUUGAUAAAACCUGCUUAGAAUUGACAACUGAAGAUAGCCAGUACACUGAACAAGAAGAAACCAAGCCAAAGAUUUGGUCACUUGCACGGACAGCCACGUCAUUAAAUCAGACAGAUUACACAUCGUGCAUGCACAGGGGUCGAAGCAUGCGGUCAUCUUCUAUGGACUGCCAUUUAGACUUACAGGACUCUCCAUUCACCAGCCUCAGAAACUGGGUAGACGGCAUGUUUCAUGAUCCACUGCUCCGGCAAAGCGACUUAAACCAGACUUUCUCCAACUCUUCAAGUUUAUGGAUGUUGGAGAACAGGUUCCAUGAACGGACAGAUCCUGUUCCUUCACCCCAGCUCACAUGA